AUGGGAAAGACCUCCUACGAGUCUAUUCUCAAUGUUCCUGGUAAACCUGCCUGGAUUUUAAUGGAGCUUGUCUCUCCGCUCACCAUGCUUUACACGGUUUUUACGAACCCCGAACGAGCGCAACCGCUCUCCUAUAUUCAUCUCUGGCUAGUAGCACUCUACUGUCUUCAUUACGCUAACAGAGCGCUCAUCGGCCCUCUUAUGAACCAUUCAAUGGCACCUAUAAAUAUCAUCCUCCCCAUCGGAGCUGCUUUCUUCAACCUGAUGAACGGCAGCUUAAUUGGUGGGUGGCUUGGCGGAUAUGGCUCUGCUAAACAUGUGCCGAUGUGGCAGGUGAUCGCUGGAAGUAUUUUGUUCGUAACAGGACUGUUUGGAAACGUGUACCAUGAUGAGGUACUUAGAGAGAUUCGAAGGGAUAAUAGGGUGGACAAAAAUGCAGAGAAAGAAGGAAAAGUUGUUGUAGACAAUGGCAGGGUUUACAAAAUCCCAGAGGGUGGCCUCUUCAGAUGGGUUUGGCACCCACAUUACUUUUCAGAAUGGGUGGAGUGGUGUGGGUAUAUGAUGAUAGGCGGGGGGUUUUCGAGCUUUAGGCCGGCAGGGCUGUUUGUGGUUAAUGAGGUUGCAACUAUGUUGCCUAGAGCGUUGCAGGGGAAAAGAUGGUACUUGAACAAGUUUGGAAAGAAUGUGGUGCCUGACAGGAAAGCUGUCAUACCAGGCGUGAUCUGA